AUGAAGUUCGUUUCCACUGCGAACAAAGAAGUCAUCAAAAUGGGCCUGAUCCCGUCUGAGGAAACCAGCGCCGUGGUCUUUUGUCAGGCUGAGACGUUCAUUGGCAUUAUCAUAAAGCUCGUGCAGAAGGACAAAAACUCAGACGCGUUGGUGGCUAAGCUCAACGAGCACAGGGCGUCGCUCAGUCCGCUGAAAUCACCCACACCAUCUUUUUCGGUCUCUUCAAGUAUCUCGUCAUCUUCUGGAGCCACGGCGAACUCGAUACUUCCAGCCCCGUCAUUUGAACUCUCGGAUAUUGACCAGUCGCAUUUGGCCUUGUUGAAGUCCCUAUUUGCAGUAGACUCGGCCCAGCUUCAACAAGAUAUACUGCGCCUCAAAUCCUACGUGAAUCAGAAGGCCUUGUCUAAGGACAUUGAGCAGGUAUUAUUUUAUGUGGGCAAAGAUAUCGGGAGCAACUCCCCCGCCAGUUUUGCGACUCCACAAGCUUAUGAAGAAUGGAAGCAACGGGAGACUGCACUCUGUGAUCUGCUAGCCAAGAAGUACCCCGUGCCUGCUCCAAAAAAGCUUCUUCCUGCGCCCCUGCUUCCACCGGGAGAGGAGUUCUACAUCAUGCCCCUCAAAUCUGUGACUGUCCCAUUCUUCGUCACCCUAUGUAAGUUGUGCCUUCUCGAUCAAAGAAAAAAAACUGACACCUCUGCUAUAAACUCUGAGGAUAUUCUGAUUCUUACGAACAAGUCCAAAGACCUUUUGAUGUUGUGUGGCCGUCUCUGGCGUAUCGACGCACUGACAAAGGCAGUUUGUUUUUACACCGCCGCCCAUUUAUCAGGAAUUCUUAUCGAUCCCUUUUUCUCAGCAAAUGCUAAGAACUUAUGUCCCAUUCUGUUGGAAUCUACCCGCAUAGUUUUGCAAACUUGUAAACGUGUCGCUGAAGAUGGGGGCCUUGACUGGGAAGAAAAACACAAAUGGACUUUGAAAGACCAAGAAGAAUGGGCGAAUAAUCUAGGGUUUACAUUCAGCGAGUUGUUCUACAGCAUAAAAGAUUCUUUGGGUGCAGUUCUUAGUAGAACCAUAAAGCCCAAAUUUGGAACAUACUUGGCCUUCUUGGCAGAUUAUAUUGAGACAGACCCCCUCUUCUGUCGAGUUGAGGCAACAAAUCUUCCAAAAAAGUGGGAGAAGAGACUCACAAAAGCUUUAAUUCGCACUUCAGAAUCUCUGUAUGCUGAAUAUCUCGCCAAACUACCCAGAGAUAACACCGUGAGCGUUACACAUGUAUUGAACAUCGCCGACUGUUUGGUAGAAGACGUCAAGCUUUUACAAAAGAGAUACAAAAACCCGUUGUUGGGAUUUUUAAACGUUUCCAAAACCCAUGCAGCAGUAGUCAUGGGUAUGUUUGCGUCGGACUCUGAAAAUAUUCUUCGGCACAUCAUAGCACAUAUCAACGCAAGAGAUGAGUUUUUGAGUUACGCAGAUGCCCUAGAAGUCUACAAAUCAAUUUGCGAAAUUCGCUCCAUAUAUCAGCAAGUGUCGCCAUCCAGUCCGUUUGCUUUCAAUUUGGAAAAAUUCUUCUUUGUUUAUCUUCAGAGUUGGGUUUCUGAAAGCAGUGAAAAAAUCAAAGCAUUCGUGAACAACGCUCUACUUGAAGAUAGCUUUCAACCUAUUGACAUUGAAGAUGACGAAAAAAAAUACAGUACCUCUGUCCAAGAUAUAUUUACGUUCAUCCGGCAAUAUCUCAAAAUUUUAGCUGAUUUAAAUUGGCAAGAUGAGUAUCAGCUUGCUCUCAUUUACACCACGCUCAUCAAAAGCAUAAGCUCGUGUUGCUUGCAUUACGCCACAGAAAUAUCAGAGAUGAUAAUGAAUGAUCUUAAUCGAGAAGUUGAAAAGCAAGACACGGGCUUAAAUCCAAAGCACCAAUCAGGAUGGCUCGCUGAAGUAAAGAGUAUUGUGAAUAACAUCCAGCUUGGAAAUCAAAAAAUUGAUGUUGAGCCAUUCAACUUCACUUCAAGAACUUGCAUUGGUCUCAACAACUUAAACGCUAUGAUUCAACAUCUCUCCAAGAUGGAACAGAAUUUGAAUCCUGAAGAGGUCUCUGCGAAAGUUCAAGAAAGGAAUCCUGGUUCUCGUCAAGAAUUCACCAGUCACGUCUUCUCCAUUCGUGUGGUGAAAGCGGAGAAUUUGAAGUCAUCAACGGAGAGCUCGAACAUCAAACCUUACUUGACACUAAUUGAUACUCUGGCUAAGAAACGCAUAGCAAAAACUAGAACCAUGGACUCUGCAAACCCCGAAUGGGAUGAAGAGUUCGAAAUUUCUGUGGAGGCAAAUUCUGCAAUCACGCUAUCGACAACUGUCUGGGAAGAACGACUUGGUUCCCAUGGAGUUUGCGGCCGAGCACUAAUUCAGCUUGAGCCCAGGAAGUUCAAGCACGAUGGAAUUCCGCAGGAUGUAUAUCUUGAUUUGGACCCUGAUGGAAGGCUUUUGGUCGAGAUUGCGGUGGAAAACGAACGAGAAGAUGCGAUUUUCGCCAUGGGAAGGGCUCAUCGAACCCUCAGCAGAUCCCAGCAAAGAAUCAUUAAGAUGAUCGUGGCAAAAUUUUCUGAAUUCAUCAGGCAUUGCGUCUCUCGUACCACGCUCAAGUCCGUUUGCGGUGGUAACGGAAAUGUCAGGCCUAGUCAAGCACAAAUGGACGAAGCCAUGAUGCCACUUUACACCUACUUAAACGUGAAUCUACUGGUCUUGGCGCAGUAUUUAACAAAAGAUCUUUUGACUUGCGUCAUGCUUGAGGCAUGGAAAGUCAUUGUCUCGUGCGCUGAUGAGCUCUUAUUACCAAAAUUAACUAGUGCGAGAGGGAUCAAGCUGUUGGGAAUCAAAGGCAAAGUACAAAGCUCAGGAAAUAUGAAAGUUGGUUGGCAAUCUGCCGUGACUUCUGCCGUCGCGAAUGUGACUAAUUCUUUGAGUCUGUUAGGGUUCGGUAAAACACUUACCAACAAUGAAAUAGAGACUGUCAUUGGAUGGUUGAACUUUUUAUGCUUUGAUUUCUUUUACAAUGAAGGAAAUGGACCACCUAUUCAUGAUUUGAAGAAUGAGCAAUACCAAUCAUUGUUAUUAAUUCCUGUCUACUACGACAAGGACAUACCAUUUUUGAUACAUGAAAUCGAGCGACUUUCUCCAGCAUUUUUACAAACUUUAAGAGAAAAGAAUAAUGUGUUUGCGGCAUGCAGCAAUGGUAAUGAUACUGCAAAGCUACGGAGUAAGGCGGGGUCUAUCGCCAGAACUCUGACUAUUCAAGCUAAUGCAACGGCAAAUGCUAGAGCGAUUGCGGCGAAGGAAGCGGAAGAAUUACAGCAUGAUCCGCUUGUUGCCCAAACUUCAGCUGAGAACAUAAUCCUUCGUUUGCUACUAGUUAAGGAUGAGAAGCUGUUUGUUUCUAAAAGAUUAGAACAAAGAGAACGAUUAUCACAUACUAUUGCUACCGAAAGAUUGGCAAAAGCUGCUGCUGAAGGUACAUUCUUUAGAUAG